AUGAUCAGCUCAAGAACUCCUUCACCACAAAAAUCAAGACCAAGUAGUAGACUUGCUUUAUCAGAAAAAACAGAUAAGAAUUUAAAAUUAUCACCUUCUAAAUCAAAUAAUUUAAGAUAUUCAAAUUCAAAUUCACCUUCAAGAUCAAGAAGUUCAAACUCACCUACAAAAAAACCUUUAUCAUCAUCAUCAUUAUUAAUUAAAUCACAACCAAAUUUUAAAAUUUUUGAAGAUCCAAAAGAUUAUUCAACUGAAUUAUAUUUAUCAACAAUUAAAAUAAAUGAUGAAAAUGAUUAUUUAAAUUCAAAAGAAAAUUUAGAACCAAAACGUUCAUUACCAAUUUCAAAUUUAGAAAUUGAAUCACCUUUAAAAAAACAAUGUAAUAAAAGAUCACCACUUCAAGACUUAAAUAUUCAAGAAUAUCCAGGCUUUAUUGAAUAUACAAGAACUCCAAGGAUUCAAAAUUCUUAUCAACUAGAUACAAAAUGGUCAAAUUCAAAUAUGAAACAAAUCCCAUCUUUUAUAACACCACCAAAAAAUGAUAGAAUUAAAUAUAUAAGUUUUACUGAUGAUUUUAAAAAUGAUUUAGGUAUUAAAAGAUCUAAUUCAUUAAGUGAUGUUGAUGUUUCAAGACCUGUUAAAAAAUUAGUCUUUGGUAUUCAUAAAGAUUAA